CCUGAGGUACUUCCCACACUGAGAGAUAACUUACCAACAUAUCUCACUGGCCAGAAACACAACCACACAGCCUGAGAGGCUGUGCUAUCAGUUAUUUUGACACAUAUUUCUAACCACAUAACGUGUGACAACAAAUAUGAAGGUAGUGGAGUGGUGGUGCGUCAUGUGGCUCCUCUGUUAUCUUCCUCACACCGAGGCUACGGUCCAGACCGUCCAGGAGGUCACACACAAGGAGGAGAUUGAGAUCAUCUUAGAAGACAUCGAAGAAGUGAUUGCUGAGGAGGAGCAGGAGACAGAGGACAGUGUGGUGGACGACAUAUUGCUGGAUGAUGUGCAGGAGCCAGGUGACCACUGCCUCAGGUACUCACCUAAGGAAGUCUUCCACACUCACCUACACCCGACACUCAUCGCAAUACUUGACGAGUUAAGUCUGUUCGUGGAGUCAGUCUUAAGUCGGAUGGAGUCGUCUCUACGAACACUGCUGCCCCACGUUGAUCAGUCACCUGUAGGCAAGAUGAAGAUAGAGGAAGUGUUCGGUGAGAGUCGUCACUUUAUGCUGGGUACCAUGAAGGAUGUGUACCAGGAGAUAAUUGGCGCCUGGAGGAACCUCAUCCACACCCACGCCACGCCCUCACACAUCCACGCCCACGCCACGCCCUCACACAUCCACGCCCACGCCACGCCCUCACAUAUCCUCACCGCCCUCCACCGCGUCAGAGAGGCGCAGCAAGAAGGGGAGCAGAGACUGGUGAUGGGUCUUGGAGAACUCUUCAUCAUUCUCAAGGCUGUCGUCCUCAACAGUAUCUACGUCAUCCAGUCGUCUGGAAGGGAAGAACGAAACGCAAAAUGUGAACGACAACGCCCGCCGCUCUCAACACGACCAACCUGA